AAAAAAUAUCCAAGAAGAAUACUAUCUCUAUUUGAAUAUAUAGAGAGAAUUCUUGAAGCACUUUGAGUUGCAGAAAGCUUGAAAAAUGAGCACAAAAAUGGCGCCACCGUCGCCGGUGGUUGAUACUAAAGCACGUUCAUUGGAAGAGACACCAACAUGGGCUGUUGCAGUGGUGUGUUUUUGUAUUAUUGUUGCUUCAAUCCUCAUUGAACAUGCCAUUCACAUGCUAGGCAAGACUUUUUACACAGUGGUUGAAGAAAAGCAUAAACCAGCUCUUUAUGAAGCACUGGAGAAGGUUAAAACAGAGCUGAUGCUGAUGGAAUUUAUAUCAUUCCUACUUAUAAUCACUGAAUUUUGUCCGGGAAUAAUUUCGUGUUUUUAAAAAAAAAAAAUUUAAAAAUUUUGCAUUUUGACCACUGAACUUUUCUAAAAUUACAUUUUGACCCUUACUUUAUUCAAAAUUACAUUUAAACCCCUAAACUUUUCUAAAUUACAUUUUUACCCCGAAACUUUCUCAAACUAACAUUUUGACCCCUAAACUUCAUAGAAAUUACGUUUCAGCCCCAAAACUUUUCCUGCAUUUGCAGUUUAGUCCUUCUGGCAGCAACUUGCACACCUACCCCCGUGGUUUCCGGCCACCGGCCUAAGGCAUGGCCUCCCUCUCCCCUAGCCACCUAAUCCCUGCAAAAAGAAGAGAAAAAAAUCUAUAAAUGGGUUUAAAAAACCCCAAAAUGAGAACCCCCGACCCACGAAAAAAUCAAAGAAAAACUUGCAAAAAAAAGAAAAAGAAGAGGAAAAAGGAGAGAAAGAGGAGAAGAAGAGGAGAGCCUCCGACGGCGGCUCGACGGUGAAGACGACGGCGAUGGCAUAAGCGACGGCGCGGCGCGGCAGCUAGGGUUUCCGAAAGAAGAAAAAAGAAAGAAAAAAAAUUAUUAUAAUCGGGUCGACCCAACCCGACCCGUAUGACCCAUGACCCGACCCGACAGCACCAGCAGCUUAGCAGGCCACAGUAGCAGCCCAGCGGCCCAAAUAGCAGCCCAAAAAGAAAAAAAAGAACAAAGCAAAAAAAGAAAGCAGGCCAUCUUUAGCAAGCCCAAUAGCAGCCCAACAGCAGGCCUACAGAAAGCCCACCAGCAUCAGCAGACCAGUAGCAGGCCCAGGCCCAAUCUGAAGCAGGCCAAAGAAAAAAAGAAGGAAAAAAGAAAAGAAAAAAGGAGAAAAAAAGAAGAAAAAAGAGAAGAAAAAAGAAGAAAAAAGAAAAAAAAAGAAAAAAGGACGAAAAAAGAAAAAAAGAGGUUCAAUUCGUGUAACCCGUUCGACGAAGCUCGUGUUUCGAGAUUUUUUCGGUAAUUUCGUUUUUUAAUUUUAAUUUAAUGCUCGUAUUUUUUUCGUUUUAAUAUUAUUAGUAUUUUAUACAUUUUUGUAUUUUGGCAUUUAUAUUUUUAAUUUAAUUUAAUUUUAAUUUUAAUUUUAAUUUAUUUUAAAUACUUUUAAUAAAUAAGGCAACGAAUCGAUUAACAUGAACUCGUUGAUUUCAUCGCUAUGUUGGAUGAAUAUCACCGGUUCGUGUUAAAAUCGAUACGCCCUUUUAAAAAUCGAAAAUAUUCAAAAAGUCACAUAUUUUCAAAAAAAAAAUUAUAUUUUGCAAAACUUUUCGUGUCUUCAAAAAUUUUUCUCGUGUUUCAAAAAAAAUAUUCGCGUUUCCAAAAAGUAAGGCAACGAAUCGGUUUGACACAAAUUUGUUGAUUUCAUUGCUAUGUUGAGUGAAUAUCACUGGUUCGUGUUAAAUACGAUACGUGCUUAAUAAAAAAUCGAAAAGUUUGUGUAAAAAAAAUCUUUCUGUGGUUUCAAAAAACAUUCGUGUUUUAAAAAAAUAAAAUAAAAAUAAAAAAAGAUUUUGUUUAUCAAAAUUCUCCUGUUUUCAAAAAAAAUUAUUUUUCAAAAUUUUCGUGUUUUCAAAAAAUU